CCCGCCCACUGGCCCCGCAGCCAAUCACCUGCCCCGGCGCGCAGCCGCGGCGAAUCCAAAGGGCAGUGCGGGCGGGGGACGGAAGAGCAGAAGCCAGCCGCCCGCAGGGAUGGAGGAGGCAGAGGCCGGGGCGCGAGCUUCAGCGCUAGAGGCCCUGGCCAAGCUGGCAGACAUCCUGGAGCCCAUCGGCCGGCAAGAGGAGGCAGAACUGCCGGCCCAGAUCCUGGCGGAGUUUGUGAUGGACUCCCGCAAGAAGGACAAGCUGCUCUGCAGCCAGCUUCAGGUAGUAGACUUCUUGCAGAAUUUCUUGGCUCAGGAGGACGUUGUCCAAGAACUAGACCCCUUGGCUUCUGAAGACACCAGCCGGCAGAAGGCACUUGCGGCCAAGGAGCAAUGGAAGGAGCUGAAGGCCACCUACCAAGAGCAUGUGGAAGCCAUCACAGGUGCCCUGACCCAGGCCUUGCCCACAAUGGAGGAGGCUCAGAGGAAGCGGGCGCAGCUCCUGGGAGCCCUGGAAGAGCUCCAGGCCAAGAAGCAGGUGGCCACGGAGAGACUGAGGACAGCCCAGAAGCAGUGGCAGCUGCAACAGGAGAAGCACCUUCAGCACCUGGCAGAAGCCUCUGCGGAGGUGAGGCAGCGGCAGAGAGGGACGCAGCAGGAGCUUGAGCGGCUGUCUCAGGAACUUGGAAGACUGCAGGAGCAGGCGGGGCAGAAGCAGGACACGCUUCACAGGCACCAGACCUUCCUCCAGCUGCUGUGUACUCUGCAGGGUCAGCCGCCAUUCCCUGAGGCAGAGGCAGAGCUGCCACGGAAGCUGGACCUUCCUGAGGGUGAGCCCCAGGAGCAGAAGCCUGGGGCUAUCGUAGGGAAGGACAGGAGUGUGCCGUCCAAGGCUGAUGGCCCACAGCCUGCUGGAGAUGCGAGCUUGCCUGAGCUUCCUGAGGGACAGCAACAUGGGAAAGGAACCUAGAGCAGGUCAGACUCCAGCUCAGGCCUUGGUGUCCCUGGACUGCAGCUGAUACCUGGGAAAACAGAGAAACCUGAACUUGCUAAGUCUCUUAUUUAUUUAGCUUCUGCUAUCCUCAGUACAUCUGGCAUGUGAACAGCCCUGUGAAGGCAACCAGAGACGCUUUGAACAUUGCAUUUGCCGUCACGAAGUGAUCUUUCAAAAAUCCACUUGAAAUCCAUGGACCAAGAGAAUGAAGGCCUGAGAGAAGCAAAUGAAACUCUUGUGGUUUAAUCAUAACAAACAAUUCAAGUAUCCUUUGAGCACAGACAUCACUAACAGUAGGUUUUAUAUUGUGAAUUUAAAUGCAGGCUUGCUGCAGUGUUAUGGUGUCCCCUAUUCUAAUUGGCUGUGAGCCCUGUGGGUGUGAAUUGUUCUGUGUAGGAGUUAGCACCACUGGCCUUUCUCAGCCCCACUCGCAGAACAGAUGUCUAGUCAACCUUGGCUCUUCCCUGACACCCUUAAGUAUGGAAGAUCACCUCCCUCGUGCUCCAGUACCCCGUUCAGCCACUCCCAAUCGAUAGACCUUGGCAUGUAAGAAAAAUAUUUUUGCUCUGCCUACUAAAAUAUGUUGAAAUCAGCAUAACAUAUAUGUUAUAUAUAUAUGUGUGUGUGUGUGUGUGUACACACACACACAUGCUCCAGAAAUAUGUGAAGUGGGGAGCUAAUUCUGUGGAAUAAAUCCAGGGGAUGUUUGCAAAUAGUGGGAUGGGAAACAGGCCUUUGUAAAAGGUAUAAAAUGGCGUUUUGUUGGGGAAUUUUAGAGUAAAGUAAACUAAGCCAGGUUCCACAUACAGGAUAAGUAGGGUAACACAAGACCGUGUGGAGGAGCCGUGAAGGUGUGAUGUGGCCGCAGGAAGGCUGUGGUGUGUGGUGUGAUUGGAAUGCGUUAGAGGCCGUUGGUUGGACAAAGGGCGCUGAGUGACCUCCUCAGAUGUUCGAAAUUUAGAGACAAAAGCAAAUAGAUGUUGAAACUUGGAACUUUUAUCUGCUUGUCUUCCUAUUGAUUUUGUCACCUUUCAGGUUAUCUUCUCAGUGAAAAUAGCAGAUUUUUGUCAGUUCACAAUUUUUAAACAGAUUAAUAUUCAAUCCUAUAGGUAAUAAACAUUUAAUGCUUUUAGGCAUUAACUGGUGAGAUAGUAUUGUUACCAUUUGUAGACUAAGUAGCUGAGGAUCAGGUGCUUUCCCUAAAGAAAAACAACUGCAGCAACAGCCGUGAUAUUCGGGGCCAGUAUGCUCCGUUUCUUCCCUCAUGUCAUCGUUGACACACACACACAGACUCACUGUAAUGACCCGGAUAUGUUAUCUGGGAAGACAUAGGGCUAAGCCUUUAGUUCUUAAAAUGUGAGGUGUAGUAGAGUCACCUGGAGGCGUUUCUUAAAAUGUUGAUUUCAUUUGUCUCUUGGAGGUUCUAAUUCCUAGUGGCUGGUUUAGAUUUUGCAUUUUUAACAAACACCUCCAGUGAUUAUGAUGCACUGGAUUUAGGGACCGUUUUGUGAGAAACACUUCACUCUUUCCCACCGAGACUUCAGCAUUCAUUGUAUUAUCAGCUCGCUGGGUUGUCCUGGAGACCAUGAAACAGUGGACCCACCCAUUUUGAACAGGGCUGGGGCCCUGGACAAGCUGGAAGUGAUGUGGGAAUAGGGGCGGGGUUGUGUCAUGGCAGAGUCUGAAGUGGGAGGAGAGGGCGGCGGAAGGGAGAGCAAUGAGGGCUGAAGGCAAACAUGUACUGUAGGGGGUUCUGGCCCACUUGUGUGCCCAGCACACGAGCCCGGAGGGCAGACGGGACAGUGGAGGACACCUAUCCCUCCUUGUCCUGUUCCCAUGGGAAAUAAACUCAGGAAAUGAAAAUGUUGAUCUAUGAAGAGAUAAAUUGCCUAAGUUUAUCAUAAAUACACAUUUAUGAAUUGUGCCCCAGACCCACAGCUGAGCUCAUUUCCUACCAUCCUGUGGCAUCAGGUGAGGUCCUGUGUCUCGACUUCAGCUAAGAUAUGGACAGCAGUGUGACCUCAGGCCUGGCUCGUGAGGACCCCGAGGAUGGCUAACUGGGGAGGAUGCUGAGGUGGCGGGGAAGGUGGGGAUGACAGUGGAGGGGCCUGGCUCCUGGGGACAGCUGUGAGUCAGGAACAGACUUUUGUAUUCAAAGAGCCACUGAGGCUUGGAGGUGGUUUUGUUAGAAGCUGACACCUUAUGGAUCCACUUCUGGUUUCUGCAGCCAAACUUACUGGAAAACGCCUUAACUUUUGGUGAUAAUUAAACGUUCACUAGACUGGAAAAGCUGCUUCUCAGAGGAUCUCCAUGUCAAGUAAAUAAAAGUUUGCAGGCAGCAAAUGGAAUGCUGGUCAAAGACAGGGUAGUAGUUCGAUGGAGUUGUCCAUUGCCCACAUAAAGAUGCAGGUGUUGUUACCACAAGCUUAACUCGCUAUCCUGCAGUCUCUCUCGCUUAUGCUGAAACCUCCAGACAUGCCUGAUCGGACGAGAUGAAUGCUGAACUGUUCAGAACGGAAAACAUACAAGUCCUACAAUUGCCCCGUGUUUUAGGAAAGCUGAGCGGUUUGAUACAUUUUACCUCCCACUUGGAAAGGAGUCCAAAGUUUAUAAACCCUCCUAACGUGAGUUUUAAGGUGACUGGUGAGUCCUCCCUGAGCUGUUUCUGCUCUAAAUACCAGGCAGGAAAUUUGUGAUCUGCUUGGCGGCAGCCCGUUGCCGGAGACUGCUGAGCCCCGUCAUUCUGAGCUGGAAACACCUUAUGCUUGUGGCCUCCCGAUUGCUGCGUGUCCUGGGCCGUGAGGCGGUCAGGCAUGCUCGUGCGAGGCUUUGUGCCCCUUUGCUUCUCCCCUCGCUGCAGUGCUUUCUUUAUUGCUGGUUGCUGGUCUCCUUACUCCAGCCCCAAGAAUCUGUGAGAUGCUGGGGAUUCGCCAUCAUGAGUGGUUCUCAGAAGGUGUUCUUAGCGGUACCCGCAACAUCCUAAAUCCGUGUUGCUGUUUUGGAUUCAAGUGCUCUUGAAGAGUUCAUGCUACAGUGGGAAGUUUUAAAAGCUGUGAUGAUUUCCUCUUACCUACUUUCUAAUUUUCAGAAGUCACAUGUCACAUGUCACAUUUUAAUACUUAGUUUGUAAUUACUUCCCCGGCCCCUCUGUGCCCUCAUUCCACGGGACAGACAGCUGUUUAGGGUGAUGAGAGUUUGGGGGUGGCCAUUUUUCCUCAUUUCUUUUCCUGAAUUCAUUGGUCUUGAAGAUUGUUUACCUAUGAACAACAUCUUCUAAUAUUGUCUUUUUAAAAAAAAUAUUAAUCUCCAACAGUUGUCAUCUUUUUGUUAAAAGUAUAAUUAAUAAAAGUGGAAAUGUAGGCUUUCAA